AUGCUCUCUCGAUCAACACGAGGUACCCUCCUCCGCUUGCGCCGCAGCGCUGCUCCAACCUCUCCCUCAAGGUCACGCAUUCUCGUUUCCCAACAAUCAAUUUCCCAUCAGCAAAACAAACAGACAAUUUCUCAACGUCGCACCUUCCUCUCAACCCCCGCGAUCCGCAAGGGCAUCACACCCGACUCCUCAGACCCCAAAGCUCCAAACCCACAGUCCAGCAAUGCCGCCGUCGCAGCUGGUGCUACUCACGUAGUCGAGGCAACACCGUUAUCGGACAAGAAUUACCAUGAAGUAGCGGACCAGUAUCUGGAAGUUCUGUUGGGAGAAAUAGAGCGAACUCAGGAGGACGGGUCGGAGAUUGAAGCUGAGUACAGCGCCGGCGUUCUCAACGUCGUCGUUCCCGGCAUCGGCACAUACGUCCUCAACAAACAACCACCAAACCACCAAAUCUGGCUAAGUUCGCCCAUCUCGGGACCCAAACGCUACGACUGGGUUAUUCAGGGGGACCAAAUGCAUGAAAAGCAGGAUACGAGAGGGUUUAUUAAUGGUCAAUGGAUCUAUCUGCGCGAUGGCUCGAAUUUGACGACCUUGUUGAAUGAUGAGUUGACGUUGCAGUUGCCGGAGGAUAUUUACUCUGCGGCUGAGGAGUGA